AUGGCUGAUGUACAGCACGUGGUGCAGAGCUGCCUUGCUGUGCUGGACAGGUACCACAGCACGGCGUUCGCGCGCUGGCUCCGCUGCCACCACACGCUGUUAUGUCAGUCUGGUUUGUUAUAUCAGAAAGAGGUUAUUGCUUCUUCAGGAGCACCAAGUUGGACUUUGCAUUUAAGUCGACUUUACUUGGUUGAUACAAUAGCAGGAGAUCCAGAGGUUCUGCAAGCAGAUGCUGAAACAUACUAUGGAAAACUCUCAAAGAAGUCAUUGUCCACUCCUGAUGUUUUUCCCAUCCCUGGAGGAGGAGAGGUUAAACUUGAAGAUUCCUGUGUGUGUUUUGUCCCUCUCUUCCGAAAUAAUCCUACUUGCAAACUGUUGCUGUUAACUGAUCCAGAGGAUAAAGAGACAGUUUUGGCAGUUUAUUUGAGCCAGCGUUGGUGGCCUGUGGAAGAUGUUGUGAAGACAGCUGAUCCUGCUAGAGAUGGGCUUGUUUUGGUCCAGACAUUUGGAGAAAGGAUUGUCCUCUUUGUUCUGAACUGCAUUAUUUUUGGAAUGCUGGAAGGGAGUUCAGCUAAUGAUGCAUUCUUUCUACCUCACUCUGCCACCGAGCGUGCCAAGAUACUCUGGAGAAAUGGCGAGGCUGCUGCCUUUUACUCGGUCAAGAUGAAAGGGAGCCUGUGUGAUGGUACAACCAGUCAGUGUUACCUGCUGCCAGUUUUGGAUACUAUAUUUGUCCAGAGAAAGUACAGAAGAGAUGGCCUAGGGAUGAAAAUGUUGCAUGAUUUCUGUCAGUCUUUCCUGGCUGAGGAUGCCUUGGGGAUCAGCUGCCCUAUUUCUGCUGCCAUGUAUCAAGUAUGCCAGAAGUUCCUGCAGGCUCAUCCUGAGGAGCAGAAGCGACUGUGGGAAGUGGAAGCACCAGGAGAUUGGAGCCAGCGAGUGAAUAUCUGGUUAAAAAUUCAGAUGGAGUCAUCCCCUUCAGGAAAGGCUGAAGUGGGCUCUUGUAUGGAGAAAGCUCCAACCAGUAAACCCAGACAAUUGGAUAUGGACCAGAUGAAUAAGGGUGUUGACUGCUUUCCUGGGGUUGGGCAAGUGGCAGGAAAUGCCACAGAGAAAAAAGAUGACACAACAGCAGCAGGGACUCUAAACUCACAAGAUCCUGAAGAGGAGGACUCGGAACCAGGUGCAGGUGAUGCUCAGCAGCAUAAAGGACUCAGGAAAAGAGCAGGUCCUAGGGACUUAGUUGUAGACAAGGCCACCAAACAAUUUAAAACUACAACAUAA